AUGCGUUCGCUGCGUAAGACGCUGCUGUUAGCACUGUUAGCAUCAGUGGCUGUAGUGUUGGCUUUGCUACACUCUUGGCCCACUCGGGCCUACCCCACCGUGGAUGUUCGGCAGAGACCAGGGCCUGGAGUAGAGAAGCUGCUGGAGGAGAGGCUUCCUGAACCAGACCCGAGUGCUGGCAGUAUCCCCUAUAGAGUGAAGGAGAGCGUGGCCGGGCUCUUGGCACGGAAUGGGUGUGUGUGUGAGGGUGAGAGUGGAGGAGUGAACCUGCCCUUUGCUCAGCUGCUCUUCCCGCGAGUCUCCGCCCACCCACUCCAUACGGCCUUCCACGCCUCUGAGCUGCACGAGAUGAAGAAACGCCGCGCCAAAGAGUACCUGGGCUUCCAAAUGAGGUCUCAAACCCCUGCUGACUUGCUGAUUGUAGCUGAAGCCAACAAUCCCCUGCAGUACCCCACACAGGGCCUGGAGGUUCGGCCUCUGAAAACUAUACUUAUACCAGGUUUGGCCUUAAGAGAUGUGCCCAGAGACAUAUACACGUUGAACUUCACCGCGUCUCUGGGCACGUUUGAUGUGGCGGCAGAGGUGGAUGGUGUGAGGGUUGAUGGUGAUGGAGAAACACACAUGACUCUGACCAGCAGGCUGUUACCCCACCUGAACCGCCAGCUACAGUUUAUUACUUAUACAAACACUUUAUACCACCCCAGCACUGCAGAUACAGUGCAGUUAGAGACGGAAGGCCAUCAGGCCCUCUUCACCAUCAAGAUCCGCCAUGGAAUAACACCCAAACUCUACAACACUGGAUCAAAUACAGACAAACUGGAGUACAACAUCAGUGCCCUGGUCACCAUAGCAACCAAAACUUUCCUGCGCUAUGACAAGCUACAGGACUUGAUUGACAGUGUGAGGAAGUACUACCCCACCGUUACCAUAGUGAUUGCGGACGACAGCGAGCACCCGAAAACAGUGUCGGGGCCUUACAUUGAACACUACAUCAUGCCCUUUGGAAAGGGCUGGUUUGCAGGGCGUAAUCUGGCCGUUUCUCAGGUCACCACUAAGUACGUAUUGUGGGUGGAUGAUGACUUCAUCUUCACUGCCAACACUAAACUGGAGAAACUGGUGGACGUAUUAGAGAAAACCACUCUGGACCUGGUUGGUGGAGCCGUGCGUGAGGCUACAGGUUACACUGCCACCUACAGGCAGACCAUUUCUAUCGAGCCGGGGGAAGAGGAGGGCGACUGUCUGCACAUGCGGAGGGGUUUCCACCACACCAUCCAGGGCUUCCCUCACUGUGUGGUCACCGACGGAGUCAUCAACUUCUUCCUGGCCAGGACAGACAAAGUCCAGCAAGUGGGCUUUGAUCCACGCCUCGCUCGUGUUGCACACCUGGAGUUUUUUAUUGACGGUUUGGGAUUGCUGCACGUGGGCUCCUGUGAUGAUGUCAUUGUGAACCACGCCACCAAAAUCAAACUACCGUGGGGCCAGUCAGAGAGCGACAAGACUUACGCCAAGUUCCGUUACCCAUCAGCCUCCUCCGACGCCACACACACCAAGAAUGGCCUCCUCUACUUCAAAAACCGCUUCCAGUGUUUCACUCACAACUGA